AUGGAGGAGGCCACAGUGGUGGAGAGCCGAGGAGGGAUCAUGGACAGCAUACAGAGAUUUUCAAACCUGCCAACAUAUCUCCCAGCGAGCUAUCAUAUCUGCAAUGCUGAUGUGUUCUUCUUCCUCAAAGAAGCCAACCAGGAUAUCAUGAGGAACUCCAGUUUGCAGUCUAGGGUGGAUUCAUUCUUUAUAUACAAAGCCAAACUGCCACCUGUCCUCAAUGCCACGUAUGGACCCUUUUCUGUUGAACAGGCUGUUCCCUUGGACCUCAUGCUGACUUCUGCAUCUUUUGGUUUCACAAAUAAAUUCACUUUUAAUUGGAAAUUAAAAUCUCACAUAAUUGACAGCUCAAUCUAUUCCAACAAACCUAAAAUACAAACUUUGUUCUAUAUUGUGGGGAAGGACUGGGAUGACUAUAAUUCUGCUGAGAUGUUGCCUUGUGUGAAGAUGUUUGCUUUCCUGGAGUCUAGAGAAGUUGUGGCCAGCUGCAGAUUGACAGGUCAUCUAGGAUUGUGUGUUGCAGAGCUGGAAUUAUCUCCUAGCUGGUUCAGCUCCCCUCCACCCCUGGUUUCAGAGGAAACAGCCUCCCUGGAAGGGAUUACUGUGGAGCUCUUCUAUAAGAUUUAUGCAGCAGAUGGGGAAUGUUCUCCAGAGGAUGCAAAAUGGGAAAACAAUAUCCAUGCAGGUGAAGAUAAUGAACCCAAGGCUUUGUCAGCUACAGAGAGGAUUGGUAGCAUCAUUAUUUACCCAAAUCAAGACCAAUUAAGACAGUCUUCACUGAGGCUAGAUGAAAAUGUCGUUAUUCGCUUACCACUCAACCCAGUCAGAGAAGGUGACGUUGUGACCUUUCAUAUUUCCUUGGCUGAUGACUCUCUAGCAGACCAGUUUGUAUUAAGGAUUAGGACAGCCCCAGGUGUGAAGAUCCUGGACAUCAGAGUCAGUGAUGCAGACCAGUGGGGUGUUCAGGAGGAGACGGACAGCGCGAGGAGCACUGCCACCAUCACCUGCGCGCACAACGACCCCAGCGCAGAGAACAGAGCAAACAUGACCUCCUAUGAGAUCCUGCAGAUGGACUUUGAGAUUGACAACACUAGCAGCCUGGCAGGGGCCCAGCAAAUUACCUGGCAGGUGGAAUACCCUCGAGAUGACUCCCUGAGUGAGCUGGUGGUCUCCGAGAUCUUCGUCAGCAGAACCAUGUUUGUGGGAAUUGUUCCUCUUGCCAUGGACACUGAGGUCCUUAACACGGCCAUUCUGACGGGCAAAACGGUGUCUGUUCCAGUCAAGGUGGUUGCUGUGCAGGAGGAUGGGUCUGUGGUCGAUGUUUCGGAAUCCACCGAGUGCAAAUCGGCUGAUGAAGAUGUCAUAAAGGUUUCUGACAGAUGUGACUCCAUCUUUGUUAAUGGCAAGGAAAUGAAAAGCAAAGUGGAUACUAUUGUUAACUUCACUUACCAGCAUUUUACCACGCAGCUAGAAGUGACGGUCUGGGUGCCACGGCUGCCGCUGCAGAUCGAGAUCUCAGACACAGAGCUGAGCCAGAUCAAAGGCUGGAGGAUACCUGUCACUGCCAACAAGAGGCCUACCCGUGACAGUGAGGAUGAAGAGGAUGAUGAGAAAAAAGGAAGAGGUUGUACCCUGCAGUAUCAGCACGCCAUGGUGCGAGUUCUCACACAGUUUGUAGCUGAAUCAUCUGAGUUUGGAGGCCACUUGACCUAUAUGCUAGGCUCUGAGUGGCAGUUUGACAUCACUGACCUUGUGACUGAUUUCAUGAAGGUAGAAGAACCCAAGAUUGCUCAGCUUCAAGAUGGCCGAGUUCUGGUUGGUCGUGAGCACGGUAUCACCACAGUCCAGGUUCUGUCACCUCUUUCGGAUUCCAUCUUGGCAGAGAAGACAGUGAUAGUUCUAGAUGACCGUGUAACCAUUACAGAUCUAGGAGUACAAUUAGUUUCAGGCUUGUCUCUCUCCUUACAAAUCAGCAAAGGAAAUAAGAGAGCUCUUGUUUCUACCACCUCCGCAUAUGAUAUCCUUCAUACUCCAAAACAGGAAGCCAUAGUCAGUGCUUGGAUUUUGUUCAGUGAUGGGUCAGUGACACCAUUAGAUAUCUAUGACUCCAAGGACUUCUCCAUCACCAUCACUUCACUAGAUGAGAUGGUAGUGUCUGCACACCAAAACCUUCAGUCCAAAUGGCCUGGGGUUGUGGCGGAAGGGGAUGGGCAAGGACCUUUGAUUAAAAUUGAAAUGGUCAUCAGUGAGACAUGUCAGAAGACUAAGAGGAAGAGCAUUCUGGCUGUUGGGAAAGGAAGUGUAAAAGUGAAGUUUGGUCAAAAAGAUUCUGACCAAAAAGGAAGCUCUAAUGACAUAGAUGAUGUGGAUAGAGAUUUUAAAAGCCAUGUGAGCAAUUCUAUUGAGAAACCUGCAGAGCAAGAGAGGACAGCACAAGAAUGGUCCAAGAACCAUGAGGACGUGUCCAGUUACGAGGACAAUGCAAACAAAAGCACAACUUUCACGUCUCCCCUUGAUCAGGAGUCCCUGGAGGAUGGCCAGAAUAGCCCAACUGCCUUCACAGGUCUCCCUGCACAAGUAGAAAUACCAGGAGAAAACAAUCCCAGUGAUCUCACAUUGACUUCAAGAGGAUUAACAGAUCUGGAAAUUGGCAUGUAUGCCCUGCUCUGUGUGUUCUGCCUAGCAAUCUUAGUCUUUUUGAUUAACUGCGUGGCGUUUGCUUGGAAGUACAGGCAUAAAAGGUUUGCUGUGAGUGAGCAAGGCAACAUCCCCCAUUCCCAUGAUUGGGUCUGGCUUGGAAAUGAAGUUGAACUGCUGGAAAACCCAGUUGACAUUUCGCUCCCAUCAGAGGAGUGCACCACCAUGAUCGACAGAGGAAUGCAGUUUGAAGAAAGCAACUUUCUCCUUAAUGGGAGUUCUCAGAAGACUCUUCAUAAUCAUAUCCUCAGAUCUUCUGAGUACCUUUGUGAAAAAGAAGUUAAAAGUGAACCUAUAAAUCCUUCUGGGCCAAAGCAGAAGCGAGUAAAGUUCACUUCAUAUACAACAAUACUGCCAGAGGAUGGAGGCCCCUACACCAACUCAAUUCUAUUUGACAGUGAUGACAAUAUUAAAUGGGUAUGCCAAGAUAUGAAUCUUGGUGAUUCCAAGGAACUUAGGGACUAUAUGGAAAGACUGCAAGACAAUAUGUAA